UCAUGUGACAUGGCUGGUUUGAAUCGCAGCACUUCGGAGCAGUGUUUCGAAACAUUUGCGCUUCGGGAUCUCAAGUAAACGCAGGUUUCGCGACAGGCAUCCCUAGCUACAACAAAAUGUUUCUCACCGUCAAGAGCAUAUCUGUGAUUUACAGUCCUAUAAAUCAGGACAAUACGUUUACCAACGGAGAUUUUAUAUCGGGGCAAGUCAUUCUCGAUGUUGCGAAGGAAACAGAAAUGCAAUCUUUAAGUAUCAAAAUAAAAGGGAAGGCAGACGUCCAAUGGAGCGAACAUUAUGGCAAAACCACCGUUGUUUACUCAGAUAAGGAAAAGUUUUAUUCGAUGGAGCGAUUUUUCGUUCGGGAGGACAAAUCUCAUGGUAAUGACCACGAGUUGCUGAAAGACCCAUCUGGACAGGCUUAUAGCUCAGUUGUGGCACCAGGACGUCAUGUUUACCCAUUCGUUUUUCAGUUGCCUCAACAGAAUUACCCACCGUCUUUCAAAGGUUCAGCGGGCAAAAUUGUGUACACCUUAAUGACAAAACUGUGCAGGUCAUUACGUGUUUCUAGCAAAGCCGCGGCUGAUUUCCACUAUGUUCCCAAACCUGACCUGCAAAAUCCUGAACUUCUGGCACCUCAGUAUGGAACCAUAGAUAAGCAAAUGAAGCUCUUUACCUCUGGGAGUGUCGCCAUGAACCUAAAGACUGAGAAAACAGGAUACUACCUUGAUGAGGGAUUGAAGGUUUUGGCUGAAAUUCAGAACAACUCAUCCCGUGCAAUCAAACCAAAAUACUACCUGUAUGAAAAACACAGUUUCUUAGCAAAAGGCAAACGAAGGAUACACACACAUGACAUUCUAAAAGAGGAGGGAGAACCUAUUGAGCAGAAAACAAACAAAAAUGUCACCAAAGUGCUUACAAUUCCACCUAGCCUUAGUGCCUCUAUCUUCAACUGUAGGAUCAUCAAGGUUGAGUACAGACUGAGAGUCUGCCUUGAUGUGCCUUAUGCCUCAGAUCCAGAGAUCAAAUUUCCAAUCGUCCUUCUACCUCCUCAGACUACCUCAGGUGCAAAGUGUCCCUCUAAUAGCGACUUUGGAAUUUGGAACCAACAAGCAGGAGGCAGUCUAUACCCCAAUACUCCUCCUAUGGCUCCUGGUCAGUUUGGGGCCUCUGGGAACUAUGGACCUUCUCCUGGUCAAUUUGGUACCCCUGGAAACUCUGGACCCUCUGGUCAAUAUGCUGCACCCGGUUAUGUUGGACCUUUGAGUCAGUUUGCUCCUCCUGGUUACCCGGGACCUCCAGCACAACUUCAUCCUCCAGUUUCAAAUUUUCAACAAUCUGACGCCUCAGCUUUACCUCCUUAUCAGGAUUAUCAAUUAUAUCCACACAUUCCUGAUGAGACCAAAAAAUCUUGACAAAACAGUUUUAUAUGCAUCUUCCUUAAUUGUUCGAGCAUCCCUGUUUGAACUAUUGGGUUUUGUUAAGAUUUGCUAAAAAAAUUAAGUGUUUUAUGUAAACUAUUGUAGUUUAAGAAAACUAAUGCUAAAGUUUAAUAGAUUUGGCAGUGGGAAAUACUUAUAAGUAUUUUUUUUCCGGAAAGUACAGAAACUGUACAGAUUUCCCACCUCUGAAUAGAUUAGACACUCUUACUCUGUAGUUACAUUUUCUUUAAUUUGUAUGCCAAAUAAUGCAGAAGGAUAAUUUUCUUUUAUAAUCCCUAUACUGAACACUUCACUGUGACAACCCCAAACUUUCUUAAAUUAUGAAGUUUGUUUGAUUUGCCUUAUAAGUUAAAAUGCUGUACAGAAAUAAAAAAGUUUCUGCAAAGUCCUUUGCCUUAGAAUGCUGUAAAAGCAUUGCAUUAUGUUUGCUCUACUGAUACAAUGUAUAUCAUAUACUGGUAGAUAUAACUAUGUUGCAAUAUUACAUCAAAAGCACUCCGACUUUGAUAUUUCACACAUUUAAUAAACUUCCAAACUGUU